GCUGGGCGUUACUUCGCGCAUGCGCGCGCCGCGGACUGCCUGGGCCCCAUCAGCAGCGGCGGACGGCGGUAACGGGUAGCGGGGUCUUAUCCCGAGGGUCUUCCGGCCGGCUGAAGGCGGCAUGCGGUUCUACGCGGCGAGGAGCUGCCGGUAACGGACGGGGGCACUCUGGGAACACGUCAACAUUGAAUAUGGGUGAAAAAAAGCCAGAACCUCUGGACUUUGUAAAAGAUUUCCAAGAAUAUCUCACACAACAAACACACCACGUAAAUAUGAUCUCCGGCUCUGUGAGCGGCGAUAAAGAAGGUGACACAUUACCAGGAGGGCCACAAAGCCACGAUGUGCUCACCGCUAACUCUCCGUGCCUUGCUCUACCGGCAGCUGGGACAGACAGUGACCAGAAUGGGCUGGACCACCCCUCGGUGGAGGUAUCUCUGGAUGAGAACGCAGGGAUGCUGGUGGAUGGCUUUGAGAGAACAUAUGAUGGAAAGCUAAAAUGUCGAUACUGUAACUAUGCCAGCAAGGGCACUGCUCGUCUUAUAGAACACAUUCGCAUACACACAGGUGAAAAGCCACACCGUUGCCAUCUUUGCCCAUUUGCUUCUGCGUAUGAACGUCACCUAGAGGCUCAUAUGCGCUCUCACACUGGGGAAAAGCCGUAUAAGUGUGAACUAUGCUCCUUCCGUUGCAGCGAUCGCAGUAACUUAUCACACCAUCGCCGCCGAAAGCACAAAAUGCUACCCAUCAAAGGCACACGCCCAACUCUGGGCAACAAAAAGAUGUGGGGUGUUCUUCAAAAGAAAGUUAGCAGCUUGGGCUAUAGUCGUCGGACUCUGAUUAAUCUCAGCCCACCAUCCAUGGUGGUACACAAGCCAGACUACCUGAGUGAUUUUUCCCAUGAGAUCCCAAGCAUACAGAGUGAGGCAUAUGAAAACCUAGCAAAGGCUUCACAUGGGGGAGGCCUAUCCCGAGAUCCUCAGGAACUCAUGGUGGACAAUCCUUUAAACCAACUGUCCACUCUAGCUGGACAGCUCUCCAGCCUUCCACCGGACACUCACAAUCCUGCCUCUCCUGACACAGGACCUUGUACUGAUGAGAAGCCCUUUAUGAUUCAGCAACCUCCACCACCAGCUUGUGCUUCUGCAAUCUCCACCAGUGUACCACAGAGUUCCUCACCAGCCAGCCCUGAUGUACGUCCUACACACAACCACAGGAACUGUAGUCCAGUGGCUGGACCAAGCAGUGAGCGCAGUGGACGAACCAGCACUCCUAGUAUCAGCAACAGUCAGCCUAGCACACCUGCGCCUGCUCUUCCUGUACAAGAUCCGCAGCUUCUCCACCACUGCCAGCACUGUGACAUGUACUUUGCCGAUAACAUACUGUAUACUAUACACAUGGGUUGCCACGGAUUUGAAAACCCGUUCCAAUGUAACAUCUGUGGAUGCAAGUGUAAAAACAAAUAUGACUUUGCCUGCCACUUUGCACGAGGUCAGCACAGCCAACACUGACUCUUCUGACCAUUUUUAAUAAACCCAGACCUCUGGAGACACUGUGUGUACAUGGUGCCUGUCACUUGAGGAAUGUAUAUGAUGUAAAUAUGUUUGUGUGCCUCAUUUGAACAUGUGACCGUAAUUAUGUGUGACAGAUAAUUUACUAUUUUUAAAAGAAAAAAAAAAAAAGUAUGACGUUGUCUAGUUUCUGAGUGUUCCUGGCACUUGCCACACCAAGGCAGGCUUCGUAAGGUUCCGAAUUGAAGGUGCAAAGUGGUUAAAUGGUUGCAUCCUGAAUGUGGCACCUGCUUAGCGGUCUUCCAAGUGUCUUUUAAUGUGUAAUGAGAGGUUCUGAUGAACAUGCAGUAAAAUCCUACAUUUCAGUAUUUCGGAGAUCCUUCCAGCUCUAUUAAUCAUUCAUUUUGGAGGAAUGCCAAGAAAAUGCACCAUUUGGAUUUGCAGCUGUCACAUCAUAUAUUUUAAUUAACUUUUAUAAUGCCUUUUUGAAGGAUUCAAGGCCCAGUGUGCUACACCUUAUUGCUACACUAGAGCUUUGAAUGAAAUAUUGCACAAAAUGUUUGACUUUGUAGCUUUCUAACCCAGUCAUGUCUUUGUUUUUUGUUAUCCCUUCACCAGUUGUACAGUGUUCAUAUAGACUUAUCCAUGAUGUGUUAAGUGUUUCUCUAAAGAAUCAAAUUACUCCAUAAACCAUCACGGCAUCAAAUAAAUCUGUAUUGUCUUCUCACUCA